GGAAACACAGCGGCGCUCACCGCGGACGCAGCGUCACGCAGUCUCACGCAGCCUCACGCACAGACCGCGCUUUGUUGGAUUUACUCAACACCUGCAUGGGACGCAGUCAGGCUUCUCCUCCCUUCACCUCUUCUCUCUACUGGGAACCAACUGGGAUCUGGAAUGGAGCUGAAUCUGUCCAAGAAUGUGAUUUCAUGCGGAGACCCAGGUGGCAUGAAUUUGGACAGAAUCUCGGAGGCCGUGAGAGCCGCGCCGCCCCGUGACGUGGCCGCCGCGUUUCAUUUACAGAGACCAGCAGAGGCCGGCCGGGAAGCUUUAGAGAACUCAAGCAGCGAGUCCUCAGACGCAGAGCUGGCAGAGAAGGAGCGCAGCGCGGAGCACCGCAGCGAUGACGGCAGCGCCGACGACCCGAAGAAGAAGAAGCAGCGGCGGCAGCGGACUCACUUCACCAGCCAGCAGCUCCAGGAGCUGGAGGCCACCUUCCAGAGGAACCGCUACCCGGACAUGAGCACCAGGGAGGAGAUCGCCGUCUGGACCAACCUGACGGAGGCCAGAGUGCGGGUGUGGUUCAAAAACCGCCGGGCCAAGUGGAGGAAGCGGGAGCGGAACCAGCAGAUGGACCUGUGUAAGAACAGCUACCUGCCGCAGUUCAGCGGCCUCAUGCAGCCCUACGAAGACAUGUACCCGACCUACACCUACAACAACUGGACCAACAAGGGCCUGGCCCCGGCGCCGCUCUCCACCAAGAACUUCACCUUCUUCAACUCCAUGAGUCCGCUCACCUCGCAGUCCAUGUUCUCCGCCCCGAACUCCAUCUCCUCCAUGAGUAUGGCGUCCGGCAUGGGCCACUCCGCCGUGCCCGGCAUGCCGGCCCCGGGCCUCAACAACAUCAGCAACCUGAACGGCAUCGGAACCUCCGGCAUCAACUCGGCCAUGUCGUCCUCUGCGUGUCCGUAUGGCCCUCCCGGCUCGCCGUACAGCGUUUACCGGGACACGUGUAACUCCAGCCUGGCCACCCUAAGACUCAAGUCCAAACAGCACCCCACGUUCGGAUACAGCGGCCUGCAGAGCCCCGGCUCCAGCCUCAACGCCUGCCAGUACAACAGCUGACGGGCCGCGGGGCCCCGAACCGACCCGCAGGAUCCGCAUCUCACCCCGAACCAACAACCGAACCGACCUGGAUCCCUGCGGUCAUUUUUUCCAUAAGAGAAAAAAUGGAUUAUGCGGGUUACAAGUUUACCUAUGAAACAUCCGGGUUCCUGGAGCUUUUCUAAUCAAUGAAGACGUGUUACAUUGCUGCACUGUACAUAUUUAACUGUAAAUACAAAAACAAACUGGGAUUCUGGUUCCGGUACUGGUUGGGCUGCUUGGUGGCUCCAUUUCGCUCCUCCUUACUUCCAUUUCGUAGCGACGCACUUAAACUAUUCAAAAACAAAGAAUCAUAAAAAUACUCAAAUUAUUUCAUUUGAUCAGCUGAUAUUUUUCUGGACAUUUUUUUCAUCCGUUUCGUUUCUGAUGAGCAGAAACUGAUCUGCAGGUGGUUCUAUUUCGUACCUAAAAAAACAAAAAAACAAUGGCGCCCAAAAACAUCGAAACUGAUAAAUAAUAAUAAUAAUAAUAAUAAUAAUAAUAAUAAUAAUAAUAAUAAUAAGUAACUACGAAACCGCGAAAUGACCGGCAUCCCUUGCGGUUCAAUUUCGUAGGAAGUUAUGAAGGAGCAAAAUACCCAUAAUUCAUUUUGAAAUGACAGGUACGAAAUGGAACCACAAGUUUUGCUCUUUGUUCGUUUUUGUACCGAGAUUUUCAGUUAAAAAAAAA